AAUGGUGAGAAUCAGUGUCCUCAAUGACGCUCUUAAGAGCAUGUACAACGCAGAGAAGAGGGGAAAGAGGCAAGUUAUGAUCAGGCCUUCUUCUAAAGUCAUCAUCAAGUUCCUUAUGGUCAUGCAAAAGCACGGUUACAUCGGCGAGUUCGAGUAUGUCGAUGACCACAGGUCUGGUAAGAUCGUUGUUGAGCUUAAUGGAAGGCUAAACAAGUGUGGAGUUAUCAGUCCUCGUUUUGAUGUUGGAGUUAAGGAGAUCGAAGGCUGGACUGCUCGUCUUCUUCCUUCUAGA